AGGGCUUGCCCUUUUGCCCCUACUAUACUCCUUUAGGCCGUUUCUUCCCUGAAACGGAUAGAGGGACAAUCUUAACAAUGUGUCCAAUCCAUCUUCGUGUUAAAUGAAAAAUCAGGCGGUCAUGAGUUUUAGAAGUAGGGAGCAUUUGGCUGGGGAAGAAAACUUCAAAUUAUAGAGUUCCUUUAAAAAUCUCUUAUAACUGUUGAAAAUUUUAACCGCCAGCUGUUAGGAACGGUGUUCUGUAAAAUGGAGGCUAGAAUAACUUACCUCAAGUCAAAAUUUGGUAAAAAAAUUCUCCAACACAAUAAAUAUCUUUAUUACUUCCAUGCUAAAUUAGCGGGCAAUAGGCAAGCGUGGUGCUGUAUUGAUAAACAUAAAGGCUGUAAAGCUAGAAUUUACAUCAUUAAUGGAGAAUAUCAAGGUUUUUGUAAUAAUCAUAGUCACCCACAAGAUGAAGGGCGAAUACUAAGGCUCUCUUUUGUCAAUGAAUUGAAAAGAAAAGUGGUAGAAAAUCCAGAGCUAUCUGUGCAACAACUUUACAAAACAUCUCUAUGUGCUGCAACUAAAUCAGAAAUUUCAGCAAAAUUUCCAAGCUUCGAGAACAUUAGACACUCACUUCAGAACGAAAGAAAUAAGAAUUAGCAUACAGAUGGCGCUGGCUACAGAUGGGCUGAACUUGAUCUUACAGUCAUGAGUAAUUGUUGCAACUCACAACAGUUCCGAAAACAGCUUAUUAUUAGUAUAAAAAUAUUAUUUUAAGCGUCAAUACAGAACCAUUGAAAAACAACCUUGAAGUGCGUAAGUGGAAUUUCAUCUUUCUUCCCCAUCUGUUCUGUUAUUGUCACGAUUGCGGCGCCACCUGUCAGACUACCUGGGUGGGUUCUCGGAGCAAGAAAGAAGUGACCUAGCUGGUUCUCGCGUCUGCGCACUUUUUUUUUAAGAUAAUUGAAAUCAUAGCGCCAUUUUUCUCAGUUGUCGUUUUUGAAGUUUAUUACUUGAAGCAGAUUGAAGAUUUCUUUGUUAUACAACGUGAAUAAAGAAUAAUACAACGUGAAGAAAAGUCGUAUGAUGGAAAAAGAAGAACAGAAACAAGUUUUCAAGAAAAUCUCUAAGAGGAAAAAGGUAACGUGGCAUAAAUGCCACGUCUGCCAAGCGACUUCAGCUAAAUUUAAGGACAGAAGAUUCUUUAGAUUUCCUAGUGACAUUGAACGAUGCAAAGAGUGGAUCGAAAUUUUAAAGAUGACACAGUUACAAUCAGUACCUCUGGAAAGUCUCCAUAAGCGGUACAGAAUAUGCUCCAUACACUUCAAUGACACAGCAUAUGCUACAUCCAAGAGAAAAUACUUGAAACAAAAUGCUAUCCCCAUACAGACUGUUGAUUUGCAUAGCAUAAAAAUAUUAAACGUCGCCCAGAUGUCAGAAAAACUUAGAAUUAAAUUUCAAGCUGCUCUCAGUAGUGCUCCAUCGGGAGACGCAGACGGAAUUUCAUCUAAUAAUCUUUCAAAUUCAACUGAGACCUUACAAUUGUAUAAAGAAGGGAUGAAUAGUACAUCAGAACAGAAGAAUGAUGAUCAAAAUUCCACUGGAAAUGAAGAGGCUAUUAUUCCAGAUGUGGAAAUGCAGUGUUCUGAGAGUACAGAGAUGGAAACACAAAAUAUCGCUUCGACAAAUUUCUCGGACAAUUCGGACAUCGUCAUAAAACAAGAAAUCAUCGAAACAGAACUAGAACCUAGCACAUUCGAUGAUUCAUCAUUUCAUUCGUCGUUCGCCGAUGGUCCUUCCGAAACUCAUAUAGAUGGACAGAGGCCAAGCACAUCUUAUGCGACACAUUCGGAAUCCUCAUACUCUAAUACAGAUAUACUUCCAGAUGGACAACCUUAUGGUGUUGGAGAAGAUUCAACGCCGUCUCAAGGUUUGGGAACUGUGAAAGUUGAAACUGCUGUUUCUUUCAAUUCUAGCGGCGUUUCUGAUAAAAAUGAUCCAUCUUCCUCAAUUUUAAAUGCCUCCGAAAGCUCUAAGAGGGAUAAAUCUAUGCAACCUAGUGUUUCUCAUUCAGUUAUAAAUGUUACUCGUUCGGAAAAUUUACCAAUUAUUGAACAUGGAGUUUCGUCUCAUACAGGGUCCUCUUCUUUGCCUCAAGGUUUAAAUAACUCUGGCCAUGGACGUGCAUUCAAUAAUGAGUCAACCCAACCUGAAGUUCCGUCUUAUUCAAGCCAGUCAUUCCGACCUAGAGACAACUUUGACGUAUUUGGGGAAUUUAUCGCUUCAAAAUUACGAAAUCUGGAUCCGAAAUCCAGGGAUUUCGUCCAGAAUACUUUUGCAGACCUCAUAUCUAAAGCUGAAUUAGGGAUGUUUUCAAACAAAGACUAUAGAAGUAUUUCUGCUACUCAAUCUCAGGACAGAUCCCAAUUUCCCAAGGGAUCUGAAAAUGCCCAAGCUUCAUCAGGAAAAGAGAACAUCCAACCUGUAAUACCUUCUCAUAUGAAAAGUCCACACUUACCUUCAGAUUUUAGCAUUCUUUCUCAUGAAAGCUCAUCGUUAGAUAGGAUUAAUCAACCUUCUCAUAUAAAGAAGUCAUCAUUCCCACCUUUAAUCAAUAACACAAUAACCGAACCUAUCCAAUCAACAGUUACGUCUAAUGUAGAAAGCCUGUGGCCUCCAGGUUUAAGCCGUUCUUUUUCUGAAAUCACACCAACGUUUAAUCCAACCCAAAAUAGAAUCUCAUCGCAUGCAGUGCUGCCACCUGUACCUCCAGUUUUAAAUGCUGCAAACUCGUGGUGCAAUAUGCCGAUACAGCCUAAAGUUCCGUUUCACCAGCGAUCCAGGGAUGAAUUUGACAUUUAUGGAGAUUUCGUCGCUUCGAAAUUGCGAAAACUAGAUCCAAGAUCGUGUGUCUUCGUUCAAACAGCUUUUGCAGAUAUCAUAUUUAAAGCUGAGUUGGGAAGAUUUGUAAGAGAAGGCAACAAAUCGAACGAUUUUCUUCAAAAUAUGCAUGCUACAAAUGCUGUUGGUUCACAAAAAAAUAUAGUAUCUAAUUUGUCCAGCUAUGAAGGACAGCGCCGAUUCUGCUCUACGUCCUCAGAAUUGUGUGAUGAUCAAGUUCCUCUCGAAAUGAUACCCAAUAUGCAUUCUAUUCGAAAAUAACUCAUGAUCACGUAAGUAAUAAUUUACGUCAGCCAAAUAAUGCCAAUAAUAACGCCAAAUUCCUGAUUAAACAGUUUGUAAAUAGUUCCUAGCCUAUUUCAUAUCGUCCUAGCUUAAAUUCGUUCAGCAGGUAAUCAUGUUCAGUUUUUAAUUGUAAAUAUCUAGGCUGUCAUUUAUUUUGUAUUAAGAUGCAUUAAAAAUAUGUUUUAAAAA